AUGAAGCCGCUUCAGCUCAAAAGGCUGAAGCUUCCGAAGGAGUCCAAGCUUCCCAAAAAGCAGAAGAAGCUGGUGAUGAAUGAGCAGGUUGUAAUCAAGUUGGGUCUGCAGUUGCAGUUUAUAGUCCUAGGGAAGCAACCCCGAUUUGAAUUGCUCAGCGCCAACCUUUGUAGUGUCAGACCCUACGUUGGUGAGGCUGAGAAGCUUGUAAGUAGAAUGCCAAUGGAGCCUGAUUCUGUAGUUUGGAGUGCACUCCUUGGAUCAUGUAGGAAGCAUGGAAAUACACAGUUGGCCAAGUUAGCAGCUGAUAGACUGAAGGAGUUGGCUCCAGAGGAUUCAUUAGUUUAUGUACAAAUGUUAAACAUAUAUAGCUCUGAUGGUGACUUUGGUGAAGCGGGCCUAAUGAGGAAGGAAAUGAAAGGGUCUCGAGUGAAAAAGGAACCUGGAUUAAGCUGGAUUGAGAUCGGAAAUCAGGUGCAUGAGUUCUCCUCUGGAGGCCGACGCCAUCCAGGAACGAAUCUUAUAAGCAGAAAACUAAAAGAACUGAUUGGACAGUUGAGGGAAAUUGGUUAUAUUCCAGAUACAAGCUCAUCCUUGCAUGAUGUGGAAGAGGAGCACAAAGAGGAGCAAUUGUACCAUCAUAGUGAGAAGCUAGCUUUAGUGUUUGCCAUUAUGAAUGAAAGCAGUUUACAUUGCGGUAGGACUGGUAUAAAAAUAAUGAAGAAUAUCAGAGUAUGCGUGGAUUGCCAUAACUUCAUGAAGUUAGCAUCAAAUCUACUUCACAAGGAUAUUGUUGUGAGAGACACAAACCGUUUCCACCACUUUAAAGAUGGCAUAUGCUCUUGCAAUGAUUACCGGUAA